CUCCUAAUCCAGUCCUACCAGAAAAUCCCAAGGAAGAGACUUCUUUCUUUCUCCCCCCCACCCGUCUCCUUCCCCCUCCUUCUCCAUCUAGGGCUGGGCUAGUCUCUCCCCUUCCUUCUCUCCCUUUGCUCGGCGGGGUCAAAGAUCCUCCGGAAAGUCCCUCUUUUGCUGGAGUUUGGACACACACAUAUAUUUAUAUAUUAAAAAAACAAGGUAGGGGACAUUAAAAAGAAGAGCAUUGCUACCUUCCAGGGGAGGCGGAGGAAAGGAAUGAAAUCAAACCGCCCUACUCUGCAAGAUAAAAAGCUGAAAUCGGAAGGGAAGGAGAAAGAAAUCCGUAGGGAGGGGAAGGGGGAAAAGUUGCUCCGGAGGAAUCGCUUCUCUGGAUCUCACCCGGUACGUGCUAAACGCGUGUGUGUGUGGAAGGGGGGGCGCGUGUUGCAGCGCUGCGGUCUCUCCGGCAAGCGGGUGGUGGAUAUUCCUGGAGGGGUUUAUUUUGGGGGGUGGGGGUGACCUGGAGAUCGGCCCUAAUUAGGAUCGUUGGGUGCAGUCGCUUAGGGAGGGGGUGUACAAAUUCUCGGGGGAGGGAGGAAUCUUUGAGCUAAGGGAGCAGCUCUGGGGGGGGGGAUUUGCUUUUUUUUUGCUGUGUGUGGCUGCAUCGAUUAGGAUUCAGGUGAGGGUUUGCAAGGAUUCUUUAAUUUAGAAGGGAGGGGGGAGUAUUAUUAUUUUUUGCAAUAAAGGCCUAAGAAGGCAGUUCCCUCCGCCGGGAAUCUCAUGAAGCCUAUAAAUAGACCAGACGUUGGUUGACAACCCCCAUACACACGCCCCCCCCCCACACGAUUUGAAACAUUGCAGAGUUAAAUGUGUUGUGAGAGAUAUCUUGAAAUGCCUUAUAUAAAAUCCCAAGUAUCCUUAUUGCACAGCACUGCAGAGGAUAGCCCUACACACACAAACACACACACACACACAUUGAUUGUUUUAAGAACUUAAAAUCAGUCGAUUCAGGAUGCUUCUAUAAAGGGACUAUUAUGCUAUAAAUGUACACAUGUUGAGGCACCUUUUUCCGGUUGAGGCACCUUUUCCGAUUAGUCUCGCAAAAGUCAUGCUUGCCGCACACUCCAGAGCUGCAGAGAGCAAAUGACAUAUAACGCCAGAAAUCUUCCCCGCCAUGAGGCUCCCACUCUUAAUAACCGACAGCUCCUCAGGCACAAUCCCCUCUAAGCGGAAUAAUACCACACUGGUGGGAAUGGGAUCCCCCAACCAGAGCAUAUGGCGCCAUAAUUACACCUAGACCAGACUCCCAGACCAAUCUGAAAGUGGCUCACGAGGAAUCCCAAGCGCAUCCUCGCUUCCUGUCUCACACAAAUAUCACCACAGCAGAAAGUGCAGCCUCGCCGUUUCAUUAACACACAGAGACGCAUGUUUUGAGGUAGGCUGUUUCUGCAUAUUCAUGCAAAAGGUUUGUCAAGCUGCGGCUUUUCCCGGUGCCUGAAGUAUUUUGUGCUUGUGGGUUUUAUGAUUGUUUCAUUCAUUCUCAUUUUCUGCAAACGGUUGUUGUGUCCCUUGCUAGCCCUAUCCGGAGCAGGUCCAUCGAAACCGUUGGCCCUAAGUUUAGCCACGAUCGUUCAUUUCAGUACAGUGGUACCUUGGGUUACAGACGCUUCAGGUUACAUACGCUUCAGGUUACAGACUCCGCUAACCCAGAAAUAGUACCUCGGGUUAAGAACUUUGCUUCUGGAUGAGAACAGAAAUCGUGCUCCGGCAGCAGCAGGAGGCCCCAUUAACUAAAGUGGUACCUCAGGUUAAGAACAGUUUCAGGUUAAGAACGGACCUCCGGAACGAAUUAAGUACUUAACCUGAGGUACCACUGUAGUUAGGGACGCGGGUGGCGCUGUGGGUUAAACCACAGAGCCUAGGACUUGCCAAUCAGAAGGUUGGCGGUUCGAAUCCCCGCAAUGGGGUGAGCUCCUGUUGCUCGGUCCCUGCUCCUGCCAACCUAGCAGUUUGAAAGCACGUCAAAGUGCAAGUAGAUAAAUAGGUACUGCUCUGGCGGGAAGGUAAACGGCAUUUCCAUGUGCUGCUCUGGUUCGCCAGAAGUGGCUUAGUCAUGCUGGCCACAUGACCCGGAAGCUGUACGCCGGCUCCCUCGGCCAAUAAAGCGAGAUGAGCGCCGCAACCCCAGAGUUGGCCAUGACUGGACCUAAUGGCCAGGGGUCUCUUUACCUUUACCACUGUAGUUCCAACUCUUGACUUGGGCUGGAGGGGCCACAACCCCGUUAACAUAUGUAAAAUCAGUGUACGUAAGAGACAGCUGAGAUAAAAGAUGAACGAGCAGAGCCAACAGCCAUUAUAAUAAGCAGAAUACGAGAGAAAAUCAAGGCUUUCAAAAGUCAUUUUUUAAAGCAAGCAAGCUGCUGCAUAUCUGACAUGGAUUGGCUAUAAAAUCUGGCAGUGUGUGAAAGUCAUGCCCUUUACCUCAACCUCAAGCACGAGUUGUGGUUAUUCAGUGGUGAGCAGAAAAGCACUCUGAACAUGUUCAGAGGCAUUCUCUUUCAUUGGUAGCUCUUCUGAGGUGCUCUGGGACACUUCGUGAACCCCUAGCAGUGGCGAACUUUGGGCUUUAACAUUUCCGUGGCACCCUGUAUGACACCCAAAUCCCCGCUCCCAAUCUCUUUUGUCAUUGUUGCGGUGCCCUCUCGGAUCAGUGCCCAGUGUGGGUGAACCAGUCAGGCUCCCCUAAAUUCACCUCCGACCCCUAGUUUCAUACAAGCUGUUGGAUAAUGGGAAACUUAGAGUGGUAUAUAUGUUCUCUCCUGCCCCCCUCCAACAGGUAAUUCGGGGUAGCUGAUGUAUUUAACCCUUGAUGCCAUUGAACUCCAGCUCCCAUCAUCCCUUUCUGUGGGCCACACUGCCUGGGGCUGAUGGGAGUUGUGGUCCAACUAUACCUAUCUGGAGGGCCGCCAUGUUUGUUUAUGCACUAAGGGGGAGCCUUCCCCAGACUGGUUCCUUCCAGGUGUUUUGGACUACAAUUCCCAUCAGCCUCAGCCAGCACCAGGUUGGGGAAGUCACUUUUCUGAGAGUUUAAAUGAGGUUUUUGUUCGUCUUGAGGGCUCCUUGUUGGCAUAUUUCCCCCUACAGCAGCAGAAAUGCAUAGACGAUUAUAGAAACAGGUUUCGGCUUGGUGUUGCAAAAUAUCUAUUACGCCAUGCAGAUCUUGUUUUGUGGCUACAGAUGGUGGAUAUCCAUCUGCUUAUUUUCAACUAAUUGCACAUUUUGGGUUCAUGCCAUCCAAAAGAGAUUAUUGGGGGGGGGGGGAGAGCAGAGAGAAACUAAGAUAGGUCAACCUAAGAUAGGGGAAAUCAAAAUUCUGGAGGUACAAAACCCUUUUUCGGAGUUUUGCAAUUAAAUUCCAAAGCAAUCAAGGGAUUGGGAGUGGCUGAUAGAAUGCAUUUGUAUUCUGAGACAGAGAUUAGGGUCAGUGUAUACAAGCAACAGAUUCAAGUGAUGUAAAGGGAUUUUCGUUUUUUUUGGAGCGUACCACUGCAGGAAAUUAGGUCUGAGUGCUUCCCCACCAGAAAAUCCUCCUGUUAGAUGGACAAAUACAGAGAAGGCAAGCCUGAACUGUUUCCCAACAUGCUGCUUUUUUACAUGUAGGAACACGCACGCACUGCAUUCAGAAUCGUCCCCCCUACCUGCAGUCUGAAGUAGUCGACUCCAGGAUAAUAAUUUGAUUUUAAACUGGCCCUUAAUCACUGCUUUGCCUGCAAAAGCUCACUUGGGCAAAGGGCUGCAUUUUGGCCUUGCUUUGCCACAGUUACCCAUGCUCUGGUUACACCUCCAGGUUGGAUUAUUGCAGUGUGCUGCCCCUGAAGACAGUUUGGAAGCUGCAACUGAUAUGUCCAGUUGUAUAAUGAAGGCGCCAGGCGAGCCUCCCUGGGGAGAGCAUCACACAAACGGGGAGCCGCUGCAGAAAAGACCCCGUUCUUGUUUUUGCCACCCUCCGGACCUCUCACAGAGGAGGCCCAUGAAGAAGGGCCUCAGAUGAUGAACGAGGAGAGUCUGGAUUGUUUCAUAUGGAGAGAGGCAGUCCUUGAGGCAUUGUGGUUCUGUUUUAAGGUUUUAUAGGUCCAAACCAGCACUUGGAAUGGGGUCUGUGGAAAUCCCUAAACGAUGUGGGGCCCAAAUAUCUGAAGGAACGCCUCUCUCUAUAAUGGAACCUGCCUGUGUGUUAUGGUCAACAGGAGAGGUCCUUCUCAAGAGUUCCAUCACCAAGUACAGUGGUACCUCAGGUUAAGUACUUAAUUCGUUCCGGAGGUCCGUUCUUAACCUGAAACUGUUCUUCACCUGAAGCACCACUUUAGCUAAUGGGGCCUCCUGCUGCUGCCACGUCGCCAGAGCACAAUUUCUGUUCUCAUCCUGAAGCAAAGUUCUUAAUCUGAAGCACUAUUUCUGGAUUAGUGGAGUCUGUAACCUGAAGCGUAUGAAUCCAGAGGUACCACUGUAAAGAAUCAUAGAAUCAUAGAGUUGAAAGAGACCACAAGGGCCAUUGAGUCCAACCCCCUGCUUAGAAGUAGAAGAAGAAGUAGCCUUCUUAGAAGUAGAAGCCCAUCUUCAGAAUUACCUCCUCUCUAAAGUAUGUCUGGUUCUGGUACUGCUUGAAGAUACACUUCUCUCUUGAGGCCUUUGGGAGGUCUUGAGCAUUGUGCUGGUCAUGCUGUUGCUGUUUUUCACUGCUUGCUGUUCAAUUGCAUUCUUUUAAAGUUUUAGCUGCUAUUUUAUUAUUUGUAUUCAACGCUUUUUUGUGAUUUGUGUAGCCUGCCCUGGGAGCCUGUGGUGAAGGGUGAGGAUACAAACAUGAUCAAUGAAACAAUAAUUUUAUUAUUGGAUAAAAUCAGUAUUGAGAAUUGGUGAGAAUCAGUGUUUUGGAAACUGAUCAUGUGAUCAGUUUUUUUAAAAAAAUGAUAAUCUCUCUGGAGAAACUACCAGGCAACAUAGUGUGGUAUUCAGUUACGUUUCACUUAGUUUUACUCAUUGUAGGCCUAUUGAAGUGAAUGGCUCUAAGUUACUCAUGUUAUUUUCAGUGUCUCUACACUGAGUAAAACUUAGUUGACAAUAACCCACAGCUAAUAUCAGGGCCUUGUCAGUAUUUGGGGGUCCGUAACAUUUCCUGCUAGCUAGACGGAAAAUCUUCAUGAAGGAUGAGAAUUAAAGUUUAUUCGCCUUUUAGUCUUCCGUUUUCAGCAUUUAAAACCAUGUUCACCCUUGCAGCAAGCCCAUGGGUCACUAUUACCACCAUUUUUCAAGAUAAGAAGUAGGUUAAAUCAGAAAUCUCCCCUUAAUUGCCAUUCUGUCCCACCUGCGGUCAGUUCGCUGACUGAAAAUUUCUUUCUUUCUUUCAUAGGGGAGGCUGUUCUGGAGCGAAAGAUCCCGUCUUUUAUUUGAGGCAGCAUGAUGCGAGACUUUGGAGCCCCUGAACUAAUAAGAAGCUGAGAUUUUUUUUAUUUUGGGAGACACAAAUACACCCUUUUGGAAACAGGGAACCGAACCCACCAUGGCCGUUUGGGGUAAUGGAGCUGCAUGCCCUAAGAUGGCUGGUUUGCCAGGAGUGUUGAAAAAAUCAGUGUGAUGUGGCAGGAAGCUCAACUUCCCUCUGUGUGAGCAAACCGUUCUCCAACAUAUGUAUUUCCUUGGACACAGGAGAUUCAUGUUCUGGGCAGCCAGCAUCUAGAACAGCUCCAAGCCCGGAAGAGCCAAGAUUUAUGGAUAACCCACAAUUGUGGUUUCCUUGAAGACUGAGCCACCAGCCUUGGCAUCUGAAGCAGCAGAUGUGAGCAGGAGGAGCGGAAAAUGCCAUGCUAGGCCGCAUUCUUCGUGGCAGGGAGCUGAUCUUUGAGAGGCUCAGGUCCCAAGAAAACUUUGGUUGCUCUGGGUGUAUAGCUCCCACACCUGCUCUUUAGUUUGUUUACCUAUAUUUAUCUAUAUUAUAAUAAUAUAUCUAUAUUAUCGCACAUCCUCUCCCUGCACCAUGUUCCUCAGCAGAGCCAAGUCAUGGCUCCCUGGCCUGCCUUGGCGACGAGGAAAGGCGAAGGACGUGAAAAAGGAAGGGGAGGAAUUGCAGGGGGAGCCAGAGGAAAACACGGCGCCCCCGAAACCGAGAUGGUGGAGCGGCCGACGCCUCUUGGGCGCUAUUGGCUGGGCCCAAAGUUCCGCUGCUGGAGAGAGCUCCCUAUUGGCCGGGAUACCUCAGCACCUCUCGCCGCCGAAAGCAUCUGUGGAAUCUCCAGAGCACUUGCAGAUCUGCUUCAACUUCACCCGCCACCUCUUUGACCUGUGCGUGGUGACUUUGCUCUGUGCCUCGUCCCCGGCCUUCCGGCUGGUUUUGGAUAUCCUGGGGUUCGGGGGCCCUCUUAAGGUCUGGCUCCACGGCUUUGCCUGCUUCUUAGUCACCGCUUACGGGAUGUACUUGGCUCUGUGGCUGGUGCAGGAGUACCUGGUGCAAUUUGCCUGCCUCUACGGCUUCCUGCAGACCCUGGUCUUGUGCGUCAGUAUCCAGGCCGGUGGGUCUGAGCCCCCAGAGGAGAAAGAGCCCAUCGACUCCGACCCAGCCAAGGAAGAGGAACUGUCGGCAGCUGGCCCAGGCAAGCAGUCGCCGCCGCUAUAAGGAGGAAGACUGUGUUGGCCCGCCUCCUGCAGCUGUUCGGGGUAGAAUUGGGGGACGAAGCCAAAGAGCGCAGCUGAUGUGGUCCCCAUUUAGGAUGGCUGGACAGACACGCACAAAAGAGGAGGGAAUAGAGAGUGUUGUGCAGCGGGUGUAUGUUUGCAAAAACAUAUGUAUGUGUGUAUGUCCCGUCCCCCGUGCAGGUGGUUCCAAUGCCCAUUUGUGAAUGGCUUUUUGGGGAGCAAAGGGAGGGGAAGUCCAUCACAACUAUGACCACCUAGAGGGGGCUUGGAGAAAUCCUGGGGCACAAGGGUGGGGAGAGUUGGGUGCACUCCACAUCCAAACCAGUCUGAACCUGGUUUUCCUGUCUUGCCUGCCCCCAGUGGGUCUUGGGAACUAGAUUUGGCGGGAAGGUGAGGGGACUCGAGGGUUCAUUGACAGAGAACUGUUUGACCACAGAAGCAGGGCCAUGCCUCUGUAGAGCAUGUUAGGCUGGCAGUUUUGAAGAAGCGUUGAUGGGGUGGUCCGCACAUACCCAGUUCCUAUAAUCUGCAAAGACUGGUGAUUUCAUCCGUCAGUGGGGUCCUCGUUUUAGCAGAGGCGUCCCUAGACCCAGUGCGAGUCGUCUAGAAUGGACACUGGGAGCUGUGCUUUGAUCUUGAACAGCAAGCAAGUGCAGCUUUCUGCUCUGGUGGCCCAGCAGGUGAGGGCAAGAGGCUUUGGACAAUCACUUUGGAGGGUGGAAGGGAGAGGGCAAGGGAAAUGAUCUGGGAAGGGCCAGUAGAUGCCACACUGCAUCUUCUUGCCCCCGUCUCAGGCUGGGGCGAGUGGGUACAAGGGAUGAAUCCAGUGGGAUGGCGAACAUCCUAUCUUAACUGGGACCAGAGAGUGGAUUUAUCUGAGGCUAGGGAGGGGUGGAUUUGAGAACUAAGGAUCAGAUCCUAUGAGAGUGACCUAUUGUACCUGCACAAGAGGAUUCAAAGGAGCCAAUGGGAGGACUGGGGUUUGGCAGGAAGUGUUCUAAUUGUAUGACAUCUAAUCUAGGGGAGGAAGAUUCCAGGAAGUCAUGAAAGCCUCCCACAACGUAGAGCAGGGCUACCCAUCAUGGCACCUUCCAGAGAUGGUUGGACUACAGUUCCCAUCAUCCCUGGUUAUUGGCUGGGCUUGCUGGGGCUGAUGGGAGUUGGAGUUAAGGAACUUCUGGAGGGCAGUAUCAGGAAAUAUGUAAAACUACUGAGGAGGAAUCUGGAUGGGGUGGACUACUGAGGACUCCCUGUUAGAAAUGGACUGCCUCUCCCUAGCUUAUUCUGAAGGGGCAAGGUGGGCUGUUUAGAAAGUUGAUCUUCCCCUCCAUCCCAAACCUCAGGGAUAAGCAGUUCUGAGCCUGGAAUUUCAGCUAGAUUCCACCUGCUCCUCACCAGCAUCUAGAACUUUUUCCAGCAGGAGAGUCUAGUUCUUUGCCCUGUUUUACUGAUACCCACCCCAAGCAACUUCAGCAAUAUUGAGAUUUUAUGCUACCAGAUCAGCUUGCACUGUGGGCUGUGUGUUGCCCAAAGGAUCUGUGUAUGUGAUUGAGAGAGGAUCUCAGCACGCCUCUCAGCGGCCCAGGUGUGCUUGAGCCACACAGGGAUACAAAUGUCUACCUUUACCACACACCUGCACCUGAGGUGUGCCCUAUUGCCUCGCAAGAGGGUGACCCAAGUUUCCCAGAAUAUUAAUGUUCACCUGCGGGUAGCUUGGUUACCUGUACAGACUUGCAAUUGGGGCUGCCAGCCAUAGGCCCAAUCAGCCUCUCUUCCAAGGUCCUGUUUGUGUUUUUCUUGCCAGGGGAUGGGAAGUUUAUAUUGCGCCAUGCUUGCCGUUGGAACUAGGGACCACCGGAGUGGAUGUGGCAGUUGUGUUCGUAGGAACAUUAUUCCUUUCCUCAUUUCUGGCAAGGCCUCCACAUUCCUAGGUCAGCACAUCUUUCCAGAUCAGCUCCACACUCUUCAUUCUUCAGUUCUGUUGUGAUCAUGUAUGUCUGUUGUGAUCUCCUAAAACAAACACCACCUUCUUGUGUGGAAUCCAUCCUAUGUUGUAGCUACGUGAGGUCCACAGUCAGGUCCUUUCCAAGUUAUAUACCUUACAUUUCUAUCUCCCCGCCCCCUUCUUCCCUUCAAGAUCCACGGUCUCUGAUGCAUGCCCAAAAUGCCCCCACAACAGAUGUUCUCACUGGGUUAUCCCCACUCCUUCCACAAACACAAAUAAAGUUUAACCUCUCCCCUGAACACUCCUCUGUUAGCCGCAAGCAGUGAUGUAUAAAACAUGCUUUGAUUUUGAGUCUCUGGAACCUAGAACAUAUCCACUCUUUCUCUGUAAUCCCUUUUGUGAUGUCCCCUCUCCCUGCUAGAUCAUCCCUCUCCCUCUAGCUCCUUGAGAUCCACUUGAUCUCCAUGUUGUGAUAGACAAGAAAGUGGCAAAUCAGAUCAUUCAUUUUUAAAAAAAUGGUUGCAGGAAAUAAUUCUACAUUGCAACCACAUUCAGAGCAAGCUGCAAUCUCAUUUUCAGCAGAAACACUCCCAUUUCAUCUAGGAAACGUCCUCUGGAUUCAAGGCCUUUUCCAAAAAUGCACAACCCUUUCUGCAAAAGCUUUCUCAGAUUCAUUUCCUUCUCUGAAUAUUGUCUAAUACCCAUGUGAUAUCUUUCAAGUGAAUCCCCUCUCUUGUCCGGAUAGAGCCAGAACGUCCCAUGCCAUCUGCCUCGAGCGAGAAUAAAAAUCUUAAGCGUUCCGGUUCUGAGGCAGAAUGAAUGCCUUCUCUAUCCUUUCAAACUUCUGGCCUGCCACUGCGGGUGCCGGCAAACACUGCUUUUGUGGUGUGCAUUCCUGUUCCAGGAAGAAGAGGAGGGCUUUGGCCUCCCAAAUGCUGUCGGAAUCCCAACUCCCAUCAGCCCUAGUUGGAACGGUCAGUAAUUAGGAAUGAUAGGAGUUGUAGUCUGGAGGGCCACAGGCCCCCCACCCCUGAAUCAGAGAUAGGAACUCGAGAGGAAACAGUUCCCUUGGCCCAGGGUCAUGUGCUAGAUCUUUGUCUCUCUGUGUGCCAGAUCUGAAGUGGACACCCUUUUAAUUUCUCCCUCACAUACACCUACGAACAUCUUCCCCUUUUGCUGAGGGAUGAGUAGAAGGCCAUCGCAAUGGCCAUCGCUCUUUGUCGCUCCCUAAUGCUGAGGAAAGCGAUCCAGAGGGGAGGCCCUCUGAGGCAAACAGCAGCAAGCCCCUUCCACAGUUAGAACACAUCACAUUUGUCUCCUAUCCAGGUACAGUUUUUCACCUGGCAUUCCAGAGAGCAGUGAGAGGGGAGGGUGUUUUGGACAAUGUCCCCACCUUAAUCUCAGGGCCCUUGUAGCUGACUAACUAGGCUGACCACUAGCAGCAGUCGUGGAUGUGACACUUCUGUGAUACUAUGGCCUCGAGGGACUCCUAAAAAUCCCAUCUUGUGAUGUAAAACUGUGGUACUGAAAGGUCUACUUUUGUCCUUCGGCCCAUUACUCCAAGACCUUUACUUGAAGCUGUAGAGCCACCAGCGCAGUUGUGUCCUAGCAGCGGAAUUAGCUGUUUCCUCAAAUUGAUUUUGACUACAGCCCAUUGGGGUAGGUCUAUAUUGUUGUGGUUUUUUAAAUUCAGUCCAGAGCGGCGCAAGUCAGUCUAAAACAAAACCCACCAGCAUAAACAUCCUUCCUUAGCACAAAGUCUUAUGGAAUUCUUCCCCUUGUGCUGUUUGGUUGUUGUUAAUACUACAACUCCCAUCGUCCCUGACUAUGUGACCUGGGAAUGAUGGGAACUGUAGUCCAACAACAUCUGGAGGGCCACAGGUUCCCCAUCCUUGUGGGCCAAAGCCAUCGUUCCACCCACUGAAAUGUCACUGUUAUUCCUGGAAGAGGGGCUAAUCUAGACAACGGACUAUUGGGGGGGCUGGAUCUAGAGAGCUCUCCACACCUCGGAAGCAGGCAGAACAGGAUUUCUGACACUCGAACAAAUGAUUAGGAACCCACUUUGUUUUUGAAAGGCAAGGGGAGAGGGGAGUCAAGAAAAUAUUUUGAAACGACUGAGUCUUAUAAUGGGUAAGUCCCUAAAACAUUUGAAGGCAGAACUUCCUUGGCAAACCUAUCUUUGAAUGUGAAUUUGUGGCAACUUUCUUGGGGAAAGGCAGGUAGUAUUCUGGUAUCUGUUGAUUUCCCACGACAACUGCACCCCCCACAAAAAAAAACCUCAUUCUUUCCUCAACCAAACUGAGCCGGAGUUGGGGGUGACUAGGAUUCCGUGAGGCCAUUUUUGAGAACGACCAACUCGAGGAAGGGUUAAAGCCUUCCACCUGCCUCCCCUGGAAGUGUCCUGUCUGCACACGUGCCAAAAGGAACAGACGAAGCUGGAAAUCCUGUGUUUUUUCCACAUAAUGUGACGUUCCACCCUCUUAGUGGUGACUGACUUCUUAUGUUGGUUUCAAUGCAACGCAGUGCUCUUAAAAAACAAAAAAAAACCUCGCCGCCUCGUUUACUGGGAUUACCAGAGUGCUUAUUUGGGAAACCUAGUAAUUCCUCAGCAAAUUUAUAUUGCGCAUCUCAAAAUGGCAGGUACUGAAGGGUGUGAGUGGCGUCACACAUACUAGCCAGUAGCCGCCUGCGAUGUUCCUGCUGAAACAUAAUGCACCUGUAUCAUCGCACUGCUGGCUGUGCUAUUCUGCGUAGGAGGGAGGGAGAGCUAGAAUUUUAAUAGGCUCCAUCCUGAGGCACCAUUGUUAUGAAAACUGUGAGGAGUUUGCCAGUGAAGGGAAGAUCAAGAGAAAAUAAUAAUAAUUGUGUGUGCUUCAUGAACAGCAGGAGGAGGCUGGGUGCCUCUGUGUCUCCACAAAACGGUACAUCUCUGCAACCCCUUGAGAGCCAAAAUAUACCUCUUCCCUGUCCUGUUUGGUCAUCCACCACUCUAGAUGUUCCCCGGUGCCUGAGAAAGUGUGUUGCCGUUUGUGAUUUUGGAAGCAUAGUGGUUAUUUUCUUCAUUGGGUGGGGUGGGGUGGGGACCAAAUGACCCUGUUUUACUUGGGAACGCAUUGGUUGUGUAUAGGGGGCGGCUGCAGGCGGGAGAACUGCAUAAACUAACCUGUGUAUCUAUAUCCUGACUGCUGUUUUAACCGUUUAAAACACUGUUGAUUUGGAUUCGUUUAUUUUUCCAACCUGUGUUAAUAUAUCUAUAUAUCUAUAUAUUUAAAUAAAAGGGAAACUUCAAAGAACAA